AUGGAGCAGGAGGGAGUCUUAGAAGUCGACUCGUUCUGCCCGACAGACGACAGCGGCGACUGCCACGAUCGCCAGCUGGAGGAGGAGGACGAGCCGAGCACCACCACCACCGCCGCCGCCGCCCUUGCCUUCGUCCCCUUCGGCGAGGGCGAGGUCGAGGACAAGGACGCCACGACGCAGGUGGUGCUGGGGAAGUGGCCGCUCAUCUACGUCAUCCUGAUCGUGAUGCUGUUCUGGAUCAUCCUGGUGAUCGCGACGCCGUACGUGCUCACGGGAGAGACCUACGGCCGCAGGGAGGACGACUUCGGCGCCAACUCCGUCGUGGACCAGCAGGACGUUCUGCUGCUCCUGUCGUGGCUGCUCGGGGAGGCUAGCGACGACCCCUCCUGUCUGGAACGCGUCGUCUGCCUCACGCCGGCCAAGUCUUCCCGAUACAUCUACGUGUCGUCCAUGAUUUUCAAGGUCCUUCACUUCUUCCAGAGCUGGCUUCCGUACAGCCGCCGAGUCGAGGACCUGCUGCUGCGGCUGGACGACGUGGCCAGGGACGGCUUCUCGCAGGACUGCCAACAGUACUACUGCCCGACUGUUCCCGAGCUGUGAGGAUCCCAACAGCCGACUGUCCCCGAGCUGUGAGGAUCCCAACAGCUGCCUCCUUCCCUACCUGACGAGCUACCUGAGAUACCUGUCGGCGACCUGCUGGCGUGGUUAUGAGACGAGGCAUGCAGACGAACCUCCGUUACGAUCGCUUUGCACACACGAAGAAAAUGGGUAAAGGUUGUUAUGGAAAAAAAUAAUGCAUUCAUGGAAAUGGUCACACGAAGAAAAUAGGU